CAGCAGCAAUGGGAGGCCAUACAGCACCCUAUGACAAAAUGGAACCCACCAGCAGUGUGAGGAGACCUGAAAGUGGCACAUGGCAGAGUGUGGCGAUGGAGACAGCAGCAAUGGGAGGCCGUACAGGGACCCAUGACACACUCUGGACCUGGCAGCAGCAUGAGGAGGCGGUACAGGGGCCCAUGACAGAUUACGGGCCUGGCAGCAGCAUGAGGAGUCGGCGGUACAGGGGCCCAUGGCAGAGUGGCGGAGCGUAAGCAGCUAAAAUUGAAGGCCAUACAGAGGCCUAUGUUAAAAAGUCCCCCCAGCAGCAGCGUGGGGAGACGACUAUCAAGAGUCCAAUGGCAGAGUGGCGGAGCAGAAGCAGCUUCAAUUGAAGGCCAUACACAGGCCUAG